AUGAACCAGCUGCUUCCACACGUUUCCCAGAGCUCUCUGGUUGAGACGUGCGCCUUCUACCUGGAUUACAUCACCACCAGCCUGCCCUCAUCGUUACACUCUCUCCACCAUAACUUCGUCACGCCCCUCAUCUCACGCCCCUCAUCUGCAUCCCCUCUGCUGCGCGCCCUCGCUUCUCCGCUCGACUGGGCCGCUCUCUACACCGACAAAGAAAAUCAAGUACCUGCCUUCCUAACCCUCGUUAUCUGUGCGAUUGCGCUCGUCGUCAUGUCUUGGCGCAGCUUCUGGCGCCGCGGCUCGCCCCCCUACAGCAACACUGACCGAUAUGGUUAUCUGACACCGGACGAUAUCGUCGAUCCUCCGUCCGGACAUGGGAGGAGACAGGACGAUGACCUCGAGCCGGACAAGCUCAUCCUCAAUCACCGCAGAGUCACGUACGAGCUCCACUUCCCACCGUACUCGAUCAACGAUGGUGCCUUGACCAUCGGCCAGUUGAGACAACGCGCCGCCGAGGUCACACAUACCGCUAACCCGAAUCGCAUCAAACUACUAUACAAGGGCAAGCUGUUAGACGAUGACACACUGCCUUGCCGAUCGGAAGGGCUAAAACAAAACUCCGAGAUUCUCUGCGUCGUAUCCGAGGCCGGAGCCAGAACACCCAGCGACGUCUCCGACGCGGAACGAACAAGUGAAGACGUAAUCCGCCCACCAACAAACCUCACCGAGAUCUCACCAAAACCAGAUCAGAGAUCCAAGCGCAAGAAGAAGAGCAAAGGGAAAAAGAAGAAGCCCGCCGCCAACUCAGAUGACGACGGCGAAGCUUCCACGCCAACAGAGCUCAAGCCCCCUCCUCAACCGCCCCGACCUACCUCCUCCUCCGGCAGCCGCUCCUCAUUACCACCCCCAGCGCCAAACCUCAAAUCCUUCCCCACGCCCCUCGACCAAGUUUUCGCCCUCGCCUCAUACUUCCACAAAGAACUCGCCCCGCUAUGCAAUCGAUACAUUACAGACCCGCCAGCGGACGAGAAAGCCCGCGACUUUGAGCACAAGAAACUCGGCGAGACUAUUCUGGCCCAGGUCAUCCUCAAAGCAGACGGAAUUGAGGUAGACACUGACGAAAGUCGAAACGCACGCAAGGCCCUCAUCAAAGAAGCACAGGCCGCAUUGAAUAGCCUGGACGCGGUGAAUAAGUAA